UUUGGACAAAAGUCAUAACGGCACAGUGAGAGCAAAGAUGCAACCAAACGCAGGUUAUAAGCUGCGAUAAAAAACACAUAUUGCAUUGAACGAAGAGGAGAAUAAACAAGCCACAGGUUGCGCUUUUUGGGCCAUUCUGCACAUUUGUAAAUACGGUCUGACCGCCCGCCAUCACAAUGCUGCUACCGAAUUGCGCUCUGUUACUUCUGCUCUGCUUCGGUAUAGAAACGACGAGGGCUGAGGGAUGCUCGGGUACAUCAUGUGGAAAGUGUGAUUGCUCUGGCGUUAAAGGUGCAAAGGGGGAGCGGGGGUUUCCCGGACUGCAAGGCAACAUGGGAUUCCCCGGGAUGCAGGGACUCGAGGGGCCCGCGGGGCCAACCGGCACCAAGGGAGACUUCGGAGACGCAGGAGGCCCUGGACUGAAAGGAAUGCGCGGUCCCCCAGGUUCAGCGGGGUUCCCAGGAAACCCAGGCCUUCCCGGAAUUCCAGGGCAAGACGGCCCCCCAGGUGCACAAGGUGUCCCAGGAUGCAAUGGGACGAAGGGACGAGGCGGAACUGACGGGUUACCGGGCUUCCCUGGACCGAGCGGCCCUCCGGGGAUCCCCGGAUUUCCAGGAGCGAAGGGGGAUUCUGGCGGUAUCAUUGAAGGCACCAUCCCACAGAAAGGCGAUAAGGGUUUUUCUGGAGGGUCUGGAUUCCCGGGAAGUAAGGGACUUCCUGGACAUCCGGGUCUACUUGGACCUGAAGGGCCCUCAGGACCUCGGGGGUUCCCUGGCCCCCCUGGCCCCAAAGGAGAGCCGGGCAAGCUGUCUUUCCAAGGUGAAAAAGGUGAAAAGGGAAGCCCAGGUAUUCGGGGUCCCCCCGGGCCCGCCGUGUCUCAAGAGGAAGUGGGGGGACCUGCUACGUCACACGCCGUACCUGGACCAAAGGGCGAAACGGGGGAAAGUGGUCAAAAAGGAGAGAAAGGUUUCUGUGUGCCCUACCAGACCGGGGUCAAAGGUGAACCUGGCCCCCCGGGCCCCAGGGGUAAACCAGGCAAAGACGGAGACAACGGGAGUAAAGGAGAGACAGGGUUCCCUGGAGCACCUGGGUACCCUGGAGUGCUGGGGGAGAAGGGAGAUCGAGGACUUCCAGGAUAUGGUCAAGGGGCACCUGGCCCAGAAGGUCCUGCCGGUCCUCCGGGCCCGAGAGGAGACAGAGGUCUUCCUGGGAUUCAAGGAUCCACUGGCCUGCCAGGCAGGCUGGUUGAGGGCCCUCCGGGGGAGAGAGGGUUCCCAGGAGAGAUCGGCCAGAAGGGCGACCGGGGUGUCGACGGCGUGUCGCUGCUCGGGCCCAGAGGCAAAGAUGGGACCCCGGGACCAGUCGGCCCACCUGGCCCUCCAGGGGAUGGAGACUGCGACAUUAACCGAGGGCCCCCAGGGCCGCCCGGCCCCCCAGGACUCGGCGGAGAACAGGGCCAGAAAGGUGACCAAGGAGACACCUGUGUGGAGUGUGCGGCCCACGGCCCCCCCGGACUCCCGGGCGCCCCAGGCCCCAAAGGACAGCAAGGUUAUCCGGGACCCGGGGGCAACAAAGGAGAGCAGGGUCUACCUGGCAUACCUGGUCGCCUGGGAGACCCAGGUAUCACUGGUUCCCCAGGGCUGAUGGGAGCCCCAGGAGCCCAUGGGGAGCCGGGUGACAUCUACGCAGCGCCCGAACUGAAGGGGCAAAAGGGUUUCCCUGGCACCCCCGGGUCACGAGGCCUGCCGGGCCUGGACGGGAUACCGGGUCGGGAUGGGACCCCGGGCCAGCCCGGACCCAAAGGACAACCGGCGACCGUAGGCAUCAAAGGAGACCGGGGCAGGGAUGGAGACCCGGGUCUGACCGGGCCCCAAGGAGAGAGAGGCCCCCCGGGGCUCCCUGGGUUCGGUCUUCCUGGGGAGCAGGGAGAGAAGGGUAAUCCAGGGUUUCCAGGACAGCCAGGAGUUCCAGGUCAUUCAGGACCCAAAGGUGAACCUGGGACUGGUGUUGGCAAACCAGGACCACAAGGUGUCCCUGGACCUCGGGGGGACAUGGGAAAACCAGGCCUGCAAGGUGAUCAAGGUUCUCGGGGGGACCCUGGCAUGCCAGGUUUUCCCGGACAGAAAGGCGACCCGGGCCUCACAGGAAUCGGAUUACCCGGCGUCCCAGGGCCUAAAGGUAUUUCUGGAAUACCGGGUGGACCAGGGCUUCCUGGAGUACCCGGACCAGGAGGGCAGGACGGGUUCCCUGGGAGAGCUGGCACAACUGGGCAAAAGGGGGAGCCAGGGCGGGGCCUGCCGGGGGCCAAGGGGACCAUGGGGCCACCGGGCAUUUCUGGAUUCCCGGGAGAGAAGGGCUCCGUGGGGCUACCUGGUAUCCCAGGACUGGAGGGGGGGACGGGGCCUCCUGGAGCUCAGGGAAUCAAAGGUGAUCAAGGGCCCCCAGGGCCUUUUGGGAUUGAGGGGCGACCUGGCCCCCCAGGACCAGGAGAGCCAGGGCCAGCCGGACCCAAGGGAGAAGCAGGCCCACCUGGACCCUUCGGAAGUGGGGGGGUGAAGGGUGAGAAGGGGUAUCCCGGCAGUCCGGGGCUGGACAUGCCCGGGACUCAGGGGGAGAAGGGUGACGUAGGGUUCCCCGGAAUACCCGGAUCCAAGGGCUUCUCAGGGAGACCAGGCCCUGCUGGAAGAGAUGGGUCUCCAGGCCUUCAGGGCCCCAAGGGGGAGAUGGGCGUGAUGGGAACCCCUGGGAUCCCCGGAUACCAGGGCACGUCUGGGGGUCCUGGUGCCCCCGGACCAAGAGGCGACCCAGGGAUCACGGGGCCAAGAGGGGGCUUCGGUGAGGCGGGCCCCAAAGGAGACAGAGGAGAGCAGGGUCUGCAGGGCCCCGCGGGCAACAUGAGCAAAGUGGAGAUGGAGCACAUGAAGGGGGAGAAGGGGGAUCUGGGGGACAGAGGUGAUCCUGGAUAUGCGGGAGAAAAAGGAUACCCGGGGCAGCCCGGAAUACCAGGAACGCCAGGAAAACACGGAGAGCCAGGAUUAGCAGGAAAGCCAGGACAGAAAGGUGACCUUGGAAGACCAGGAGAACCAGGAAGUGCUGGAGAACCUGGAUCCAAAGGCAGCAUUGGGGAAAUGGGCCUACCAGGAUCACUGGGACCAAAAGGUGCUAAAGGAACGAUCGGGACUCCAGGCCACGCUGGGUUCCCGGGCUCUGCUGGAGAGAAGGGGCUGAAAGGGGACGCUGGAGAGCCAGGUAUCGGGGUUCCUGGAGCCCCAGGAGAGAAGGGACAAACGGGCGUUCCUGGUUUUCCUGGAACCAGCGGAGACAAGGGCCAAAAGGGCGGGUUGGGAACCCUGGGAAUGCCAGGAUUACCAGGCCAGAAGGGAGACUUGGGCUUUGAGGGCCGUCAAGGUAGCCCCGGAACCCCGGGUGAGAAAGGUGUCAGCGGAUUCCCAGGUACCCCCGGAGAUCCAGGUGGUCCCGGACGGCCAGGUGAGCCCGGUCUGCAGGGCCCUGCUGGACCCCAGGGAGGGAAAGGAGAGCCAGGUGUGGACGGGAUACCCGGAUCCCUCGGAGAGAAGGGAGACGCAGGUGUGCCCGGCAGAGGCUUGCCUGGGAUCAGCGGCCAGACCGGCGGAAAAGGUGACAAAGGCAGUGGAGGAUUCCCAGGUCUUCCCGGAAGCCCGGGUAUCCCGGGAAUAAAGGGCACCAAGGGUGUGGAUGGACAGCAGGGCCAGCCCGGCUGGCCGGGAGAACGGGGCCUUCCGGGGCCCUCCAUGGAGGGGCCAAAGGGAGACAGAGGAGGGCCCGGGUCCCAGGGGGACAUCGGUACACCUGGACCUCAAGGACACCCUGGGGUUCCGGGAAGCGUGGGAUCCAAGGGAGAACGGGGAGAAGAGGGCUCCCCGGGGGCUGCCGGACAACAGGGUGACAAGGGGGCAAGCGGUGCUCCCGGAUUUCCUGGACAAACUGGGCUUCCAGGAGUCAAUGGGUAUAAAGGAGAUGUUGGACAACAGGGAAUGCCUGGAUUCCAAGGGGUAAAAGGCGACUCUGGAGUGAUCGGAGGCAAGGGAGAGUUGGGAGAGAGAGGGUACCCUGGACCCAAAGGCAACAUUGGCCCCCCUGGUCCUCCUGGACCCUACACCCUCGUGAAAGGAGACAUCGGUUUCCCAGGGGUUGACGGCCCCCAGGGACCCAAGGGCCAGCCAGGAUUCCCUGGAGUUAAAGGGCUUCAAGGUGUGACGGGACUCCAGGGCGAUAAAGGAGAUGAGGGGGUGCCGGGGUACAAUGGGCGUUCUGGCUCUAAGGGAGAACCAGGUCCCGUAGGACCGUCAGGUCCCAGAGGGUACGCGGGUCCCCCAGGGCCCGAUGGACUGCCUGGCCAGGUGGGUCCUCCAGGGCCCUCCUCAAUGGACCACGGUUUCCUGGUAACCCGCCACAGCCAAUCGGUGGACAUUCCCGUCUGCCCUCAGGGCACCAGCCCCAUCUACGAUGGAUACUCCCUCCUGUACGUCCAGGGCAACGAGCGUUCGCACGGUCAGGACCUGGGAACGGCGGGGAGCUGCUUGAGGAAGUUCAGCCCCAUGCCCUUCCUGUUCUGCAACAUCAACAACGUCUGCAACUUCGCCUCCCGCAACGACUACUCCUACUGGCUGACCUCCCCGGAGCCCAUGCCCAUGAACAUGGCACCCAUCACCGGACAGAGCAUCAAGCCCUUCAUCAGCCGGUGUGCGGUGUGUGAGGCCCCAGCCAUGGUGAUCGCGGUCCACAGCCAGAACAUCAUGAUCCCGGCCUGCCCCAGUGGAUGGGACUCUCUGUGGAUUGGCUACUCCUUCGUCAUGCACACCAGCGCGGGUGCGGAAGGUUCCGGACAGGCCCUGGCGUCCCCCGGCUCCUGCCUGGAGGAGUUCCGCUCGGCCCCCUUCAUCGAGUGCCACGGGCGCGGCACCUGCAACUACUACGCCAACUCCUACAGCUUCUGGCUGGCCACCAUCGAGGAGAACGACAUGUUCAAGAAGCCCGUCCCCACCACGCUGAAGGCAGGAGACCUGCGCACGCACGUCAGCCGCUGCCAGGUGUGCAUGAAGAGGACGUAGAGGCUCCCCGAACGCUCGCUCCGUCCGUCCGUCCGUCCCUCUGUUCGUCUGCGUUCCGUUUCCUUACAAAAAGAUGGUGCUAUUACAUACGAAGGACAGAUUCAUCCCAAACUCGCCACGCGUUCCUCUCGGUGAACACAGCACCGAAUAAAAAACACCUGGACUUUGAGCUGGUGGGAGAGCGGCAGGUGGUUUAGCUUGUUGCAGAGCACUCCGCUACGUUGCCAAAAAACACUUCUGCUACGUUGCCAAAAGCGUUUCUGCUACGUUGCCAAAAUGUUUCUUUCCUGAAUGGCACUUUAUUACUGCACUGAAUAUACCCCGAUGUAAACAAGUGUCCAUUUUAAAGGAGUGAGUGUGUGUCAGGUGCUAUUUACUUUAUAUCUCUUUAUCCACAUUCUGCAUUUAAGUAAUGCCUUUGAUGUUCUUUUACAGAUCCCACCUAACUCAGUUUAUAGAUAUAAAUAUUUUUAUUGUUUUCUUUUUAUUUGAUUUUAUUUUAUUCCAAAGAUGUACUAAUGCUAAGGCUGACUGUGAAGCAGCUGAAGGAUAACUCUAGUUGAAAUCUCCAUUAGUAAAAGGUUGCCAUAACACUCACGUGUGGUAUCAGAAAGUGCCAUUAGCUCUCUUCACUGUAAAUAUACUGCAUCCAAAGUACUAAUCGCUGCCACCAUAACAUGUCAGAUAAUCACAUUCCUUUUUGUGAUACCUUUUUUUAAUUUAUGAAUAAAAAAAAUGAAUAAAAAAAAACUGAAAAAGCCAAAGGACAGGCACUCACAGCACAGACAGGGCAGUUUAAAAUGGCCGCCGUUUCGCCAUGGAAACGAGGGAUUUCACUGUUACUGCAACAACCACGGAGGGGGGCAUUAGACUCUUAGCUCCGGACUCACUUUCCCAGAAGCCUCAGCGUGUGUAGACACACAUACAUUGGGGGAGAGAUGCCACCGCAUUCGCUCACACGUGUGUAGUUUACUGAGAGCACUGACGGUGACCUGCCAAUAGGGGGCAGCAGAGCACAGAGAGGAACUCUGAACUGAACUCUGUGUUUCAUGGUGAACGACCUCUCUGAAGUGAGCCGGUCGUGUUUUUCAUACGAUUCGGCGUCUGAGGAGCAUUCAGGAUCACGGGGCUCUCAAUCGCUUAUUUAUACCUCCCUGCUUCCUUUCUUCAUGUCCUUUCCUCGCUCCUGGCUCCACCCAUCGGAGGACGCAAGGAAAGGAAGCGGGGGAAGGAGGUGAGGACGGAGGACUCGAGAAAAUGCGUAUUCGCCAAACGGAAUGCCCUUGCUUUCUUAACCGUCAGUUUGAAGCCACGUCGUCAGUUACAGACAUGGCACGUCGGGAGAGGUGCAUCAUUUAUAGCAUAUGUCACACAUUCUGAAAAAAUACUUCCGCAUACACAAGUAUGCGAUCUCGUUUCCUUGGUCAAGAAUCCUUCAGGAGCCCACUAGCUCCUAGCUCCUUCACAGAGCAUUUAACAGCCUGGAAUGUCCUUAAAUAGGGCCAGUCAGGGGCCGAGGAGACGAGGAUGGAUAAAUGAAGCGAUUGGAAUGAGCCCACGUCAUCCAUACUCCCUGCGUCAGCCACUGGGGGGGCGCUGUUUGGCUGUGGAGGCCUCUGCGUUCCCACCCACAUCGCCCCCUGCUGGUCUGUACGCAGCCGCACACCCAGGCCCAAGCCAUCGUAGCCAUCAUCUCCAAUAAAACUCACUCUAAUUUUAGCAUUAGCGCCCAUGCUAUUACUGGUAAUGGAAGAGUACAGAGAUAUAUUAUCACAUUAAACGAACAGAGGGCUCGGUCACCAUGUCAAAGAACACGGAGCUAGAUUCACAUCCUACAGCGCUGCCCACCCAGACCCCGCCGACAGACGAGAGGCUCUCAGACACGACAAAAACUACACGCGGCCAAGACCCGCCACUUUAAACGCCAGCGCAGCGAGGCCUUGUGCCCACACACCGGAAAACAUUCUCGCUGAGUCACGCCGGAGACUUUAAACUGCUGCCCACCGCCUGUCUUAAAAAGACACGGGCCGGGAGAUCUCCGAUUCAGCUGCCACGGUAACUGAGUUUGGGGACGGAGAGGAAAUGCAGUUCUGAGGCCCGUUUCACAGCACAUCCGUGACCAUACCCCUCGCAUACAUCACAUACUAUUAUUUGGUCAAGUUACUUCCUGAAAGGUUUGAACUUUCAGCUUCCCCAGAAUUUAUGGUUUUGUCUUCAGGGUUUUUAUGCGAAUAAACGACACAGACCUACACUUUAAGGUCAGGCAAAGACAAUCAUAUGCCUGACAAGACACUGGCUAGUUUAAUCCCAUUGGUCAUAUCUUACCCACAGUUCUGUGGUUUGGGAACAUCUCUGGUGUAAAAUCCAGCUAUAUUUUAUCAGCUACCAGCUGUUUCAAAACAUACUGUAGCUUGAGCUGGUUGAAACAUGGUGAGUAUGGAGCUGGUCUGAACUGGUCAACCAGCUACCCAGCUGUUUCAAAACCUAGCUUGAGCAAAUCAAACCAUGUUGAGCAUGAAGCUGGUCUGAACUGGUCAACCAGCUACCAGCUGUUUCAAAACCUAGCUUGAGAUGUUUUUUUUCAGCAAGGUUGCUAGAUUCCGGUAGGUGGCGACGGUUUCUGUCAGUGUUUGGACCUGAACUCAGUUCGGGUUGUGCUUUGAGUGCCCUGGAGCAGAACUAACUGUGCUCACCUGUGUACUCAGUUGGUUCUAGGUGCAGUAUGUGGCUCUUUCAGUCCAGAAUGAAUCAUGUGUAAUUCAUGCAAUAAAGUUUGUACAAAAAAACA